CCAUUGCUGCUCACUCUGCACUGCCUGACCUACAAUUGGACAGCUCGGAUUCUCUUUGGGAGGAGCAUACUGCCAGCAAAAAGGGGGAAAGAAGUUGACUGCGCAAAAGUAUUCUGUAGUGACGGAUGCCCAAAGUUCAUACGUUUUUCAAUGCGCGCCUCAGCACACUGAGAUGGAAACCGCUUAAACCCUAUUAAGACCUGGUACAGUGCGUUCCUGAUAAUAUUAUUUGUCAAGUGACAAGACAGGAACUCCUGCUUUGAGCGCCUCAACUUUUCAGAAGGAAAAAGUGGAGCUCUCCGGCUGCAUACUUUGGGAAGUUCGUUUUACGCAGGAGCAUAGUUGAGCUGUGGGGAGAAGACAUGCAGGCGCGCUACUCCGUCUCGAGCCCCAACUCUCUGGGCGUCGUGCCUUACAUUAGUAGCGACCAAAGCUACUACCGGGCCGCGGCCAGUGGAGGAUACACCGGGAUGCCGGCCCCUAUGAGUAUGUACUCUCACGCGGCCCACGACCAGUACCCGACUAGCAUGGCACGAGCCUAUGGACCGUAUACCCCGCAGCCUCAGCCGAAGGAUAUGGUGAAACCCCCGUACAGUUACAUUGCGCUCAUUACUAUGGCUAUCCAGAACUCGCCUGACAAGAAGGUGACCCUGAACGGGAUUUAUCAGUUUAUCAUGGAAAGGUUCCCGUUCUACCGAGACAACAAACAGGGCUGGCAGAACAGCAUCAGGCACAAUCUCUCUCUCAAUGAGUGUUUUGUCAAAGUUCCCCGUGAUGACAAAAAGCCUGGCAAGGGGAGCUACUGGACCCUGGACCCGGACUCAUACAACAUGUUCGAGAACGGCAGCUUCUUGAGGAGGAGGCGACGGUUCAAGAAGAAAGACGCAAUGAAAGACAAGGAUGACCGGGGUACUAAGGAGACGCCGUCCAGACAGGGCCGGGACACGGAGCAGCCCGUGCAGGGAUCCCAGCCAGUCCGGAUCCAGGAUAUUAAGACCGAGAACGGGAACGCGACACCCCCACAGGCCGCCUCGCCCUCCCUGAGCACCGUGCCCAAAGUCGAGAGUCCCGACAGCAGCAGCAGCAUGUCCAGCAACGGCAGCCCCCACAGCAUCCCGUCCAACAGGUCCAUCGGCAUGGAGAGCUCCGAGCAGCACCAGCACCACCACCAGCACAGCCAGGCCCAGGCACAGGGCUUCAGUGUGGACAACAUCAUGACUUCCCUCCGGGGGUCCCCACAGGGUGCCACAGAGCUCGCCCCGUCUCUCAUCGCCUCGUCCAGGACAGGUAUAACACCGUCUUUGUCCCUGAACUAUUCACCGAACCAGACGUCAGUCUAUAGCUCACCCUGUAACCAAAACUCUAUCUCCACUACCUCGAAUGCUAGCUACCAUUGUAAUAUGCAAGCCAUGAGUUUAUACGCCGGGGAUAGAUCUAGCCACCUAGCUCCGACUACCACCGUGGAUGAAACUUUGCCAGAUUACUCCAUCACGACCACCUCCUCCCCUCUGGCCCACGGCAAUCUAAACACUGGGCAGGAGGGCCACCAUCCCCACCAAGGGCGGCUUCCCUCAUGGUACCUCAACCAGGCCGGGGACCUGGGCCACCUCGGGGCGACCUACCCUGCACAGCAGCAGAACUUCCACUCCGUGCGCGAGAUGUUCGAAUCUCAAAGAAUUGGCUUGAAUAAUUCUCCAGUGAACGGGAAUAACAGCUGUCAAAUGUCAUUUCCCCCUAGCCAAUCCAUCUACCGCACUUCAGGAGCUUUCGUAUAUGACUGCAGCAAGUUCUGACCAAAGUAUGUUUUCAUUGUAUUGAUCUUCUUCAUAAAAAUAUCGUGAGUCGUUUUACCCACUACCUGCCACGACGAUGGACUAAAACGAAACACAACUUUAAUGGACAGAUAAAAAGAUAUGAUCUUUGUUUGUAAAGAACAGUGUUACGGCAAAUAACACGUAAGUCUCUUCUCGCUUUUGUGACAUGUUUUAAAGAUAAGGAUAUGCCAGUCUUUCAUGGACAUAUUAUUACGUGUAAAUUGCAUAUAGUAAUUUAUUUCUAAACUGUAGCCGGAUAUUAUGGACCAAACACCAAAAAGUGUUUCUAAAUUGAAAUGCCUUAAUUGUCCAAAUUUGUUCCAUUAUAAAAAGCGGAACUUGUAUAUCGUCGUAAUCUUUCAAAGUUUAUUAUUUUGUUGAAAAGUAUUCUGAAGGAAUUGCAUUGUUUGUUUAAUAAAUUGCCAUUGUAUUUGA